AUGGUUGCUUUAUCAGGAGCUCAUACAAUUGGACAAGCUCAAUGCUUCUUGUUUCGUGACAGAAUAUACAGCAAUGGAUCAGAUAUUGAUGCCGGAUUUGCUAGCACACGUAGACGUGGUUGCCCUGUAAAUGAUGGAAACGGCAAUCUGGCACCAUUAGAUUUGGUGACACCGAAUUCGUUUGAUUACAAUUACUUCAAGAAUCUGAUACAAAAGAAGGGUCUUCUUGAAUCGGAUCAGGUGCUUUACAGUGGUGGGUCCACAGACAGCAUAGUUACUGAAUACAGCAACAAUCCUUCCAAGUUCAAGUCGGAGUUUGCAGAAGCGAUGGUGAAGAUGAGUGAGAUCAGGCCGUUAACGGGUCAAGAAGGAGUGAUAAGGAGGAUAUUGGUGCUCUUCCCUAAGCUACCUGGUGUGGUGGAGUCAUCGCAAAUCCCACAGACAGACGAUAGUGGUUUGGGAAUAGGAAUAGGCACGGUGGCUGAGGAGUAG